UAUGGAGAGGUGGCUUCUGCCUCUUCUGAGUCGGACCUGCUGUGAGGCUUCAGAGCCUCACCUGACUUUCACAGACAGAGGGAGGCGACCGGCUCCUCCUUCCUUCCGGCUCUGUCCCCAGAGGAGGGUCCUGGGCCGAGGGGUGGAGGAGGCGGAGAGAUCCGAGCGCUGCCCAGAGCCUGGGCAUAGCGAGAAGCAGGCGCCCUGCCAGACCGAGGCGCGGAGCAGCUGCAGCUUCGACGGGCGGUCACCUUCCGCUGAAAGUGGUAAAGCCAGAAGAUGGCCCAGGUCAGCACCCAAUACUCCCAUCCUCCCUGGACCAGAGUGAAGACCACGGGCAGCAACUUUGAUCUUGCUGAAAACGGCCUCAGCAGGACCUGCGCGCCUUGCAAGGACGCAUCCAUCCUGCGGAGUGGGAUCACCAUGGAGACAGGAGGACCUGCUGGACCCAGGCAAGGCUCCUUCACCAGCCCAGGACCAGCUAGGUUGUCACGCCUCAUCAUCUCCCUGCGCUCAUGGGCUGAGAGGCAGUUGCACGGCGAGGAGCAGAGACCUGACUCUUUUCUGCAGCGUUUCCAGGGAAAUGAGCUCCAGGAGGUGUCCAGCCGUGAAGGCAGUGCUCAGUCCUGUGCGGGAAACCAUGAGCCGCCAGACAGAGGCAGCGGCGCCUGGCCCCUGGCCAGGAACAAUACUAAUGCCAGCAACAACAACAAGGAGGAGGAAAAGAAGAAGGGCGCCAUGGUGGUGGACCCGUCCAGCAACCUCUACUACCACUGGCUGACUGUCAUCAUGCUUCCCGUCUUCUAUAACUGGUGUCUGCUGGUGUGCAGGGCCUGCUUUGAUGAGCUUCAGUCUGACUACGUGGUGCUGUGGCUGACCCUGGACUACUUGGCGGACGUCCUCUAUGGCUUGGACAUGCUGGUGCGAGCGCGGACAGGUUUCCUUGAACAAGGCUUAAUGAUCCAGGAUGUGAAGAGGCUGUGGAAACAUUACACAAACACCUUGCAAUUCAAGCUGGACGUACUGUCCCUGGUCCCCACGGACCUGGCUUAUUUAAAGUUGGGCGUAAACUAUCCGGAACUGAGAUUCAACCGCCUACUGAAGUUUUCCCGGCUGUUCGAAUUCUUUGACCGCACGGAGACAAGGACCAAUUAUCCCAAUAUGUUCAGGAUUGGGAACUUGGUCCUGUACAUCCUCAUUAUCAUCCACUGGAAUGCUUGUAUCUACUUUGCCAUUUCCAAGUUCAUUGGUUUCGGGACAGACUCCUGGGUCUACCCCAACAUCUCCAAACCAGAGUAUGGGCGCCUCUCCCGGAAGUACAUCUACAGCCUCUACUGGUCCACCCUGACCCUGACCACCAUCGGUGAGACCCCACCCCCUGUGAAAGACGAGGAGUAUCUCUUCGUGGUCGUAGACUUCUUGGUGGGCGUCUUGAUCUUUGCCACCAUCGUAGGCAACGUGGGUUCCAUGAUCUCAAACAUGAACGCUUCCAGGACAGAGUUCCAGGCCAAGAUCGACUCCAUCAAACAGUACAUGCACUUCCGCAAAGUGACCAAGGACUUGGAGAUGCGGGUCAUCCGGUGGUUUGACUACCUGUGGGCCAACAAGAAGACGGUGGAUGAGAAGGAGGUGCUCAAGAACCUCCCAGACAAGCUGAAGGCCGAGAUCGCCAUCAACGUGCACCUGGACACCCUGCGCAAGGUGCGCAUCUUCCAGGACUGCGAGGCAGGGCUUCUGGUGGAGCUGGUGUUGAAGCUGCGGCCGGCCGUGUUCAGCCCUGGAGACUACGUCUGCAAGAAGGGGGACAUCGGAAAGGAGAUGUACAUCAUCAAGGAGGGCAAGCUGGCCGUGGUGGCUGACGACGGGGUCACCCAGUUUGUGGUCCUCGGCGAUGGCAGUUAUUUUGGGGAGAUCAGCGUCUUAAACAUCAAGGGGAGCAAGUCGGGCAACCGCAGGACAGCCAACAUCAGGAGCAUUGGCUACUCCGACCUCUUCUGCCUGUCCAAGGACGACUUGAUGCAGGCGCUCACCGAGUACCCAGAGGCCAAGAAGGCCCUGGAGGAGAAGGGCCGGCAGAUUCUCCUGAAGGAUAAUCUGAUCGAUGAGGAUGUAGCCAAAGCUGGGCCGGACCCCAAGGAUAUCGAGGAGAAGGUGGAGCACCUGGAGUGCUCCCUGGACGCCCUGCAGACCAGAUUCGCGCGGCUGCUGGCUGAAUACAACUCUGCACAGAUGAAGGUGAAGCAGCGCCUCAGCCAGCUGGAGAGCCAGGCCAAGGUCUGGGGGAGCAGCCCAGCUGCCACCGAGGCCCCUGUGGCUGCAGCUGAGCAGGAGGAGGCGGGCGAGUGACAGUGAAAUCAGGGUGUUUGCUGCCUGCUUCACGCAGCCAACUGUCCAGGUGAUGCCACCGGUUGCAGCCUCGUGAUAUGCAUGGCUUCUUUACGAGCUGUGUGACUGCUGGAGGCUGCCCAGGCUCCUCAACUAGAAAAUGGGACUCAUGACGUUGGCCCCAGGGAAGUGCCAGGUUGUUUUGUCACUUUGAUUUUUUAAAUGGCAGUUAUUGAAUUUUGUUACUUACAGAUGUUGUCUGUCUGUCUUUCUUUCUUUCUUUCUUUCUUUCUUUCUUUCUUUCUUUCUUUCUUUCUCUCUCUCUCUCUUUCUCUUUCUUGUACUGGGGAUUGAACCCAAGGCCUUCACAAUGAACUGCACCUCCAGCCCAUCUUUUAGUUUUUAUUCCGAGACAGACAGGGUCUCACUAAAUCGCCCAGUCUGGACUUCAACUUGCAAUCUUCCUGCAUCAGCUUCCCAAAGUGCUGGGAUUACAGGCAUGCACCCCCCAAGCCUGGCUGGUACCAGGUUAUUGUGAGGUCCACAUUAAAUGCUGAAUGAGACAGGGCUUUGGAAGUGUGAUGUGUCCCUAGACCAAGUCUGUGCAUGUACAGGGCUCCGAAUUUUUUUUUUUUUUUUUUUUUUUUUUUUUUUUUUUUUUUUGUGUGUGUGUGUGUGUGUGUUUUUUUUUUGAGGCAGAAUUUCACUGUGCUGUUCGAGCUGAUCUGAAACUCCUGGGCUCAAGUGAUCCUCUUGCAUCAGUCCCUAAGUAGCUGGAACUACAGGUGUGCACCAUUCCAGUCAGACCAGUUUUUUUUUAAAAAAAUGAAAUCUAGGAAGAGGUUGUCAGGUUUUUUAACCUGUCUUAUAAACAGAAGAACAUUGUCCCUCUUCUGUCCCAUCCCCAGCCCUACUCCACUACCCUCUGAUUAUGAAAAGACAACAGGGAACCAAAAGCCAUGCAGUAACUCACACUCACCCUUAUGAAGACAGGCCAGGAUACUCUCAGAGCAUCUUCCCUAUGCCCUCCGGGACCCCAGAGACCUGGGCUCUGGUGGCAGACAGUGUAGGAUGAUGAGAAGCCACCCCAUGGCCGUUCAAAUCAGUGACACGAAUCCAGACUCUGAGCCACUGAGCCAGCACCAUUGCUUCAUGGAAUAAAGCAUUUCAGUGAAGAGGGGCUCAAAGACAGUGGGAGGCUGAGGCAGGAAGAUCUCUGUGAAUUCCAAAAGUCCCAGAGGUCAGAUCUUAGGGGAGGGAGCACUGCUGGCUGUUACUGGUCAUUUGGGAACUCGGAGAAGUUUGCAAACCCAGGAACCUGCACACUGUGUGAGAAGGGGCAUUGCCUGCUGAGGCUGCUGCUGGGCAUCCCCAAAGGGGGCUGGGACACAGCCGCCCCUACUGGGAUUGCCUGCUGCCACCAGGCUACAUCACCACUGGGGAUGACCUACUCUAGCUCAAAGAGAGCUAUGUUCAGGACAGCCUUGUAGAGUAGAGGUCAUCAACAAGAGCUGAUAACCAGGACUUCUCAGAGAGCCAUAGGCUAGAUCUUUGCAAACUGUCCCUUCAUUCUUUCAAAAACAUUUAUGUUUUUUGAGAUGAGAUUUCAUUAUGUAGUUCUUGAAUUCACUUUGGAACUCACAGAGAUCCUCCUGCCUCAGCCUCCUGCAUGUUGGGAUUACAGGCGUGCACAAUCACAUCCAGUUUCCCUUCAUUCUUAAAGCAGCCUCGAGCUCACUUGGGAUUAUAUCAGAAGGUGAAGCUCCGGAGUAAUUGGACAUUUACAGAUAUCAGGAACUCGCUAUUUUUUAAAAUACAGUAAAUGGAAUCCCUUACUAUUUUAUGACAGAUUUAUAUAUUUGCAUUCUAUAUUUACAAAUUAUGACCUCAGUGUUUCAGCUUUCACUGAAAUGCAUAUUUCAAAUUACAUAAAGAUGGGGUUUUUUUUCCCUUUCCCCUUCCCUCCUUCUUUUCCCACUCUCCCUCUCCCUGCUGCCUGGCUCCCUCUUCCUCCUCCUCCUUCCCAUUAGACAACACACUCACUCUGCUGUGGAAGUCUCUGUGGUCUGUAUUAUAAUCCAUCUGCUACAUGGUUGAGCUCUAAUGCAGUUUGCACAGAGGGGCUGAGAUUUCAAUUGUACUUUGGAUUUCGAAGGGUCUUAUCUCUGACCGUUUAUCCUGGACCACUGGACCAUUUUAACUUUUUAAAAAUGGGUUAGAGGAUCUAUCAAAUCAUAAAGCCAAGCUUAUAUUAUAAGCAGAAUGUAGCUAGCGAUGUUUCUCAAAACACAUCUGUUUUGAAGCCUUACCUUUUAAUGAUGCUUGGAUUCAUAUUUGUACAGUAUUAAGACCUGGAUUAAAAACUAUUAAUCA